AUGCACCCGUGUCCUGUUUGUGGAGGGCAACAUUUAAAGGUGCUGUGCGCCAACGCAAAUGGCCGCCGCGACCACCCGGGGUCGCCUUCGGGCGGGUAUGAGAGCGGACACCGGGCUCAGUCCCGCAAUUUGGAGUCCGGCUCACCUCCCCCCCGCCACGCAGAUUGUGCUGCUGUGGAUCGCCGACAUGAUUCGGCGCGCAGCCCCACGGGCGGGUAUGGAAGGGGGCCUCGGGUUCAAUCCCGCACCUUUGUGCCCCGUUCGCCCUCACCGCACCCUCGUGACCAAUCACGGUCACCUCCAGUCAUUUACCACGAUUACCGUGACGCACGUCCGGUACGAUUGCCGUCCCCCCCUCUGGCGGAGCGUCCCCGUUUGGAGCCGCGCAACCCUCAGUACGGACGCUCCCGGCGCUACGAACCGCCGACUAUGGCUCGUGGCAGUCGCCAUCGAGUUUAA